UCUUCUCAGAUCUUUUGCUUCCGGUGCAAAAAAGAGAAAAUUGAAACUCUCCAACAAAGAAAGCUAUUAGAGUGCAUCUUUUAUCGUAAACUUUGUGUGUUUCUUUGUGGAACAAAUUUGAAUACAAAGUUCAGAAGUGAUUCAUGCAUGCGCCUUGUGUCGUGUUUUGUAUGCAUCUCUAAGUGUUGAACUAGAUUGAGGGAAAAAAGGGCUGAAUCUAAGGGUGCUAGACUACCUAGUGGAGUCAGAUGGGGAAGGGUUGACCGCAUUACAGAGAAAAUUGAAACUCUCCGACAAAGAAAGCUAUUGGAGUGCAUCUUUCAUCGUAAAAUCUUUUGCUUCCGGUGCAAAAAGAGAAAAUUGAAACUCUCCUACAAAGGAAGCUAUUGGAGUGCAUUUUUCAUAGUAAAAGAGUUGUUACUAAGGUAAUGGACGUGUCUGAGGACGAAAGUGUUGGUUCCUUUAAGGUAGAACCACCAAAAUUGCAAGCAGGACCUUCAAUUGCUUCAUCAAGCAGGCAAAAAAACACUCCAAUUUCACCAACUCAAGAUAAAUCUAAUGACAAGAAGAUGGAGGACCUGCUCAACAGUAUUUUGGGCAUGGAAGGAAAUGAAGUUGGGUCCAAUUCAAAUCUAGAUGAAGGACUAAAUUUUAGUUAUGGUGGUGAUCAACUGAUCUUUGAACAAGCUGCUAGUGAUUUCAAUGGAAAUGAUCAAAUUGCUCCCGCAAGAGAAAAUGGUGAAAAUCUCAACAGUGCUGGUAGUGAAGCAGCAAUAGCAGGUAAUGGGAGAAGAAGGACAGCUACAUUUGAAGAAAGAAUACUAGUUGAAAAGAGACAACGUCGAAUGAUUAAGAAUAGAGAGUCUGCUCAACGAUCUAGGGCUAGAAAGCAGGCAUAUACAGCAGAAUUGGAGGCACAGGUCGAUCGACUGAGAGAUGAUAAUGAGAUGCUCACAUUAAUUGUGACUCAAAUUGCAACCACAAGACAAGAAGAGGAGGAGAAAAAGAAAGAAACAACAAAAGCUCAAUGUGUGACUAACAAACUGAAGAAACUUAGAAGGAUCUCAAGUGUUACAUGGUGAAAGAACCAACAAAAUCUCAAUGGAUGGCUAAUAAAGUGAAAACACUUAGAAGGAUCUCAAGUGUUUCAUGGUGAACAUCUCUAGUUUUUAUUAUAUUAAGGAUUGCUAAAGGAUUAUGGUGUUGUUAUUAAAUAUGUUUCCCUUUGAUACAAGUCUGUUACUCAGUAUGUAAUAAGUUAAACUAAUGCUUUACUUUCUGGAUUUAGUCUUUAAUAUAAUGGACAUAAUUUAAACAGUAA